GACAUCGGAACAAAUCGAAGACAUUUUUACACUUCUCCGACAGCGAAAACUACCACUUUUCUUCUACAUCUUUCACGUACAAAGCAUCCACUGCAAUGGCGUCUCUGUGCGGAAGAAUCGUCCUGGCCGCGACCAAGCGAAAUGUGACCUACACGCCAGUUCGAUUUUGUAAAAUGAUGAACGACCCGAUUGAACAUGCCACUGGUAUCGAGAAGCGUGAGCUGCUUGCCAAGCAGGCCGGUAAUCCAGAUCCCUUUGAUAUGCGUGUGUUCAAGCGCGGACCGGGUACCAAGGACAGCCCCAACCUAAUCCCAUCGGCUUUCGAUGCCCGUCUAGUCGGCUGCGUUUGCGAGGAAGACCAAACCUAUGUCCAGUGGAUGUGGCUGUACCAGGGCCAGCCAAAACGCUGCGAGUGCGGACAUUGGUUCAAAUUGGUAGAGAAGGCUCCAGUCUAAGAAUCGAGCAGCAUCUUCCUGCCAUCCUGCUGUAGAAAUGAAAUGAAAAGCAUAACCAACUAAUAUUUAAAAUCUGGAGAGCAUUACCUACAACAAAUAAAGAAAUCCAGAUCGUUACAAAACACAUCGGACCUGUGUCAUAGAAAACAGAACUCAAGAAGCAAUCAAUCUUCAAGAAACAAAAAAAAACAUUCAUGGUAUCCCGUUCCGUUCUGGUGUAAGAAUUGCAAAUAACUUCAACGUAACGGAAGAUCCAAUGGUUUACCAGCAUGUGUUUAUCUACACGUUUAAGUCUAUGGCAGGACUUUUCAUUGGGCAUCUUCACCUUGUGCGUCCUCUGCUGAAGUAAACAUCUUUUGCAGCAACAUUAUAAUAGCAAAACAAAUUUAGCGUUAUCCAAUAAAACUUAAUUUUAUUGUUCGAAAGCCUCGAGAUGACUUCCAGUAUACUCCAUUGGGUUUAGUUUUAGGAACUAUUCAUCAGAUCGGUUAUGAAUGUAAAUGUUUAAGGCUUGGAUUAUACGCUAAUUCUUGGCACUGGAAA